AUGGCGGAACCGGCAGGGCCCUUUCAUGUGCUCCGAACCAGGACAGGCCGAUUCCUCUGCUACUGCGGACCCGACGGCACCGUCUAUGUGACCGACGCGAUGGAGGUCUGGGCCGGGGAGCUCGGUGGCUGCCCGGCGCUCGGCUUUCGGUGCCCGCCGGAGGACCUCGGCGCGAUGCUCAGGGCCGCCCUUGGUCACGGGGCUGCCGCGCUGAGCCUGGGCCCGGGCUCGGCCACGCUGCGGCUGCCGGAGGAGCCGCAGUGCCCGGCCCUGGCCCUCGCCCAGCUGCCCGCCGCCGAGGCGCGCAGCCAGCUGCAGGCGCUGGUCUUCGGCAUGGCCGGCUGCAUCGAGAGCAUGGAGAGGCGCCUGGAAGCAGUGGAAACAUUAGCAUCUUCCUGCAGCCCUGAGAAGAAUGCUGCCCGGAGUCAGCAGCUCUUCCUGCCAGACCCCAGCCCCAGGAAGAGUAAGGCUUCUGGCUCAGCUUUGCCAGCCAAAAGGAAGGUACCAGGGGAGUCUCUCAUUAACCCAGGUUUCAAAAGGUCAGUGCUGGGGCUGGAUGCUGCUCGCUGGGCACCCUGCGGGCUCUGCUCCGAAGUUACGGGGCAGCAGGGCUUGGGGCUCGUGACUCUGAUGUUUCCUCCGUCUCCUUCCAGCAAGAAAGCGCCAUCUGGAGUGAAUUUUGAGGACUCCUGAUGGGUGCUGUCCUGUGACUUGAUGACAGCCCUAUGGACCCCUGUGUCUGACCCCUGUGACACGAGGAGGUGUCCCUGUUGUUCCGGACCUGCUGAGCUCCUUGACAACAGAGGCAGCGGUACCUGGCAGCCACCCCUCAGCUUUCCCCUUUGGGGGAACAGUUGGAGCAGAGGGGACACCAGCAUGGUGGGGUUUUCCCCUGCAGCUCUUCCCUGCUGGCAGGGACCAGCUCCCGACUUCACUUACCAUGAACUGGUGGAGUUUGGAUGGAGCUUUGAUACCGUGGAAUGGAAAGAUCACCUGUGCUUUGCUUCUUGCCAGUAAAGGUGUUUUUAGCCA